ACCUGUGAUAAACGUCUGGCUGGCUGGAAACCAGUGGGGAGGGGAGAACCCAGCUGAGCUCUAGCAGCAUCAGCCCUGAGGCUAACUGGGCUUGAUGACUAUUUGGGACCAUGGGAGCGUCCCCUGGGUUCCGAAGCCUCCUCAGUUUACUGGUGAUAUUAGUGGAGGGGUGGCACGAUCUGGAUAACAGUGACUAUGACUGCUGGCCCCUGGAAAAACCAGAUGAGUAUAACAUGCUGGACUGUGGAGGUCUUGAGAUGGCAUGGAUCCAGAGACCUCCAGAAAAGGCUGUGAGUGGGGAGUUCUUCAAUGUAACCUAUGCAGUCUUUGCUUCAGAUCACUUUUACCACUAUGCUGUGCAAAACGGGAUCCUCUCUCACAGUAAUGCUGCUGCAGCAAAGAAGUUCUGCGAAGACCAAGAGUGCCCUUCCAACUGGAAAGAUGCAAAUGGAGAGAACUGCUGUGUCCAUCACGCCAACAUCCACUCCUGCCCUUUGGCCUUUAUGGGGAAAGGUGGAAUAUGCGGUCCGUGGAUUCCAGAUGAUGGCCAAAUAUUUACUCACACCUUAUCUACAGCUGGCAAAAUGAGUCAGACAAAUUGGACUGCCAAGGUGGUUUUGGUUCAUGUGGGUGUGACGUCUCUCAUCGCACACAUCAGAGUUGGGAAAAUGCAAGUUGCUCUGGAAGCGAAAACCACUGUGCUACCAGCAGUAGUCUGCGGAGAUGGGGUUUGUGAAGAAGACGAAGGCUGCUCCACAUGUCCUGCUGACUGUGGGGAAUGCCCACUGACAGCCGAUGCCAGGAUGGCGAUUGCCUUACCCGUAUGUGUAGUCUCUGUUGGCUUCAUUCUGACAAUAGUGUGGUUUCAGUAUCAGAAGCAGAAGAUGUUUUGGGAUGAGAGCUGGAUUAUAGACUUCUCCUGCAUCAAACAAGAUCACAGGCUACGGACAACAAUGGGCAGCACCAUUAGUGUGGCCCAUGCACCCAGUGAUUCCAACGCCAGCUGUCUCACCGCCCUGAGCUCUUGCACAACAGCUGUCAACACGUCCAGGAAACAGCACUUCACCCAGACAGGGCUAUAUGAUGGUAGAACAGUCGCAAUCAAGAAAAUAAGGAAGAAGACAUUCACCCUGUCUAAAUCUAUACGCAAGGAAGUAAAACAAGUGAGAGAACUUGAUCAUCCCAAUCUCUGCAAAUUCAUCGGUGGUUGUACAGAGGUGCCAAAUGUUGCCAUCGUGACAGAAUACUGUCCAAAAGGUAGCCUGAGUGAUGUGUUGCUUAAUGAAGACAUUCCUCUCAACUGGGGCUUCAGAUUUUCCUUUGCUGGAGACAUUGCCCAAGGAAUGGCUUAUCUUCACCAGCAUAAAAUCUAUCAUGGACGCUUAAAGUCGAAUAAUUGUGUGAUAGAUGAUCGCUGGGUCUGUAAAGUUUCAGACUAUGGAUUACAGGCCUACAGAAAAGAGGAUUUGUGCGAGGGGACUAGCGCAUAUAAGAAGCAUUUGAUGCAGAUUUACUUGGCUCCUGAGGCCCACUCAUUGCUGGAUUUUGUCCCCACUUCUGUGGCAGACGUGUACAGUUAUUCCAUCAUUUUAUUGGAGAUUGCCACAAGGAAUGACCCUGUGCCGGAUGAUUCUCAUUCAGCGGAACAUUCCUCAUGCCUACCUCUAACAGAAUUAAUUUCAGGAAAGUCAGAGAAUUCCUGCCCAUGCCCGACAGACUAUGUGGAGCUAAUUAGGAGGUGCAGGAAAACCAACCCAUCGCAAAGGCCUACAUUUGAGCAGGUCAAGAAGCUGUUGUACAAGAUGAACCCUAACAAAGUUAGUCCGGUCGACAUGAUGAUGACUCUGAUGGAGAAAUACAGCAAACACCUGGAAGUGGUCGUUGCAGAACGGACCCAGGACUUAAUGCUUGAAAAGCAGAAGACUGAUCGCUUAUUAUAUAGUAUGUUACCAAAGCAAGUAGCAGAUGAUCUGAGGCAAGGGAAACCUUCACGAGCCCAAAGUUAUGUAAUUGCCACCAUCUUUUUCAGUGACAUUGUUGGCUUCACUCAGCUGUCCAGCAGCAGCACACCUUACCAAGUGGUGGACUUCUUAAACAAGCUGUACACUACCUUUGAUGAAAUCAUAGAUAACUACGAUGUUUACAAGGUGGAGACGAUAGGAGAUGCUUACAUGGUAGUGUCGGGGGUACCCAAGGAGAACGGUAUUCGUCAUGCCAGUGAAAUAGCAAGCAUGGCUCUAGACCUGGUGGCUGUGUGCAAGACAUUUAGGAUUCCACACAAAGCCAACACCCAGCUAAAGAUACGAGCAGGAAUCCACUCAGGGCCGGUUGUAGCAGGAGUCGUUGGAACCAAAAUGCCCCGGUACUGCUUGUUUGGAGACACUGUCAACACUGCUUCCAGGAUGGAGUCCACCAGCGAGGCUCUUAAAAUACAAUGCAGUUCAAAUACAUACCAGCUGUUGGAGCAGAUUGGAGAGUACAUAUUAGUGUGUCGUGGGAAUCUGCAAGUCAAGGGGAAAGGAGACAUGGUAACAUACUGGCUAGAAGGAAAGAAGGAUACAGCCAUCCAGAAGCAAGCACCCAUCCCUACUACAACCUCUCAAGACCCUGAUGGAACUACUUUUAGUUUAAUUCCAGGAGUUUUGCCCAACGAUCCUCUUUUGAGUUCAGCUUAAAGGGCAUGGGGGGGGGGAUGUUUAGUUGUUCCAGUUUCUCCUUGUUUUCAGUCUUUUAGACCUCCUUGGCAUCCUUCCCAUGUAAUCCAGAAAGGCAGAGGUAUUUGAAAGCUUCUAUUGUUGUGCCACAUCUAGAGGCAAAGCAAGAAAAUCCCUGCUGCUCCCCCUCAGCCUACCGAGAUGUAUAGACAGUCAUUAAUCAUAGCUCUCUCCCUUACUCCAACGGGGACAAAAAUAAAGAAGUAAAACAAAUCACUGGCGAUGACAAAUGUGCAGCUACAUAAGGAAUUAAAUGGAUUCUUCUGUGUCACCAGCUAUCCAGAGAGGGGGGUGAGACCUGUGCAGCUGCUGCAUAGGUUUUUAGGGAGAAAGCCCUGCAAAUGGCCCCUCAGUCUCAGACUUGGCAUGAGCAGCAGGCUGGAGAUGCCAGCGUAUUAGCUUCUCUCGUGGUGAGACGGGGAGGCCGUGCUAUUUUGUGCCAUGGUGGUGAUAAGCCGCAUGGGAUUACUUUGCUUAAUGAUUUGAAAGGUGGGACUGAAAUGUGGACUUUGCUGGAACUAAAGGCCAGGUGAAGUAGGAGAGAACAAUCUAGCCUAGUGGCAAAGCAUUGGAUGAAAAGAACUUGGGGGGGAGGGGAGGAUUUGGUUUAUUAGCCAUUUGAGUGACUUUUGGCAAGUCAGUUCACCUGUGCCUCAAGUGUCCAUCCGUAAAAUGCAGAUGAUACUAACUUCCUUUGUCCUGUGCUUUGAGAUCCAGGGAUGAAAAGAACUCAGGAUUAUUAAACAGAAGAAAGAAUGUUUAAACAGUUCGGCUAUGAUUUUCCGGAAAUGCUUUUAACGGAAAAGUUUUCUGUUAAAAGCAUUUUCGGAAAAACGC